AUGGUCGAUCCCACAGCUAAAGAGGACCUCUCCUCCACUUUGGACUCCAGCUUGUAUGAUGAUGUCCAGGCUCUUUUCAAAGACAUGAAGAGCGAGAGUUGUUCCCACAAAGGAAUGCUGGUAUGGAACCUCCAAAGGAAGGUGGAAGUCAAUCCUUCCUGCAGCCUUUCAAUAAUCUCAAUUCUGGUCCAAAAGCUGGAGAAGACGUUAACAACAGUUUCCAAGCUCCAUGAGAAAAAAACCUACAUGUCUGUCAUCCCAGUGCUGCACACGCUCUACUAUGUAGUCAUUCAGUCAGGAGUCACAAUUCCUAAAGGUCUUUAUCACAAAGCGUAUGAGUGUUUGGGAAAACUGCUGAUACUGCCAUCGCCAUACUCUGCUGUGGCUCUGCACACUCUGAGGAGCAUCAAGAUGGAAAUGACUGCACCAGGAUCUCUGUACCUGAAGAGAGUCAUCGCAGAGCAAAAUAUCAAGAGUGAGCAUUUUGCUGCCAGGGAAAAAGUGUUUGUGCUGGCAGACCCAGCUGUGUUUUCUGUUUCACUGGAAGCUACGGUUAGAGCAUACUUGGAAGUGUCACGCCGGCUCACAAACACAAGGACUAUGGAGAAAAGUGUGCUUUUCCGUGUGCUGGAGACAGGGUUAGAGAUGACCUGCCAAAGCUCCAGACUAGCUCAAGCUCUUGAGGCUUUAGAGGACCAUGAUGUGAGGCAAUAUUUCCAGGAUGUGGUUGAAACUGUGAAGCAGAGUUUACAGCAUGGUCCCGGCAGUCGUGCAGAUUAUCUGAAGGGGCUGAAGCAGAUAUACAAACACAUCUUGGCUGCCUCUGAAAAAGAUGUAAUGAAUGAUGAACAAGGUCCUGUGUACAGCACUACAGUGCCCUUGCCAGAGAUGAACUUCCUCAUGUGGACAGAUGAAGAGAUGUUAUGGAAUCUGUUGACAGACUUUGCCCUACCUUCUGGCUCCAACUCCAUUAAGGAUGACAAAAAAAGGAUCUCAAGAGACAGCGGGAUAGUGAAGGACUUAAAGGACCCAGACGACACAGAGCAGCCGCCUUACACGGCUCAAAAGAUACUGCGGGAACGGAGAAAUGCCUUGAAGAGCUCAAGUUCUGCAGAAAAACUGAGUCUGAUGAAGGAGAAGAUGAAGGAAGAUGUUACCGGAAACUCGCCUCUACUCAAAGAGGAGCGAAGUCACACGGCUCGAGUGGUGGUACUGGGGGACGAUAGCACCCUGGGAAAGCUCACCAAGGCUUAUUACAUCAUACGCAAGAAAGAGGCCAAACGUAACAUGCUGACCAAGAAACUAGACCUGCAGCUGUACUACAUCCCAGUCUCUGACGCAGAGGCUUCACCGAGUUCACCUAGCAGGUUGUCUUUGGCGUCCUGUUUGGAGAGAGUGGAUCCAUGGUACAGUGUCAACGUUGGCAGUCUGGGAGCUGCCAUCCCGACGCUACCUGAGCUGCUGAGCCUUUACCUGUUGGACAGCCUGUGUUACUACCUUCGCUGUGGGACACAGCCAGUUAACCUCCCGGUCUAUUCAGUUAAGAUGACCCGCUCCAACUCUGAUCUGGCCUCAGUGGAGGAGCUGUUUGUGUCCCACCUGGAGGCCGACAUCCCAGAUUUCAGACACCUUAAAGACCGGCAGCUGAGGGAACCCUCUGCACGACAAAAGAAGUCAUCAAUGGAACUCUUUGGGGUGGUUCUGUCGGUCAACUACACAAAGGCCACUUUAAGCAAACGAGACGUUAAAGGAGAAGCAUCUAUGACCUGGCGUGUGGUGAUUACCUCAGAGCCGGCAGCUUCAGCAUCAGGGGAGAGUUACCUGACUGCAAGUUUUGACUCUCUGAACCCCGCAUACAACACAAAAAUCGAAACUCAAAACAUCAGCAUCAGGACAAUGGAGCAACGAACACUCUGCGUGUGUCUGGACAAAGACCCUCGCAGGAUAUACACCGAUGUCCAAAAAAUAGAAAUCUCUCCAUGCUUGGACCCGGGUUGCACCAUUCAGUGUAGGUACAGCAUCGGCAGCGAGCAAGAGUUGCCACUCAGCAAGUAUCUGGACAAAGUCAUGUCACUACCAAUCAACAGCUUCUCUGGUGUCAGCAUGUGA